AUGAGCAUGGCUUUGUUGGAGUUGCUCCUCUGCGACGGAUCAACUUCAGAAGAUGUCCUCGUUGCUGGCUUUUUGCGGGCUCAUGCUGACGGCGCCAACAUCAUCUCCUGUUCAAUGGCAGCACAAGCUGGUUGGAGCGAGUACACAAAUGCUGUCAUUCUCUCUCGCAUGGCAGCAGAAGGUAUCAUCGUCACCUUUACUGCCGGCGAUGACGGCAACUAUGGCCAAUUCUUUGCCGAGGACCCUGCUGGAGGCAAAGGCGUUGCUGCUAUUGCUUCGUUCGACAACACUGUUCAGCCUUGGCUGGAAUCUCGAUCUCGAUACACCGUCAACAAUGGCCAAGUACAAGAUUUUAGGUACGCAGUCGGCGAGCCUGCAAAGUGGGUACGCGGCAAGCUACCUCUCUGGACUCCAUCAUCCAACCCAUCUGGAGCGAAUGUCGGAUGCACCCCAUUCCCGGAUACGACGCCUGAUUUGUCCGAGAAGAUUGUCAUAAUGCGACGUGGCGGCUGUGGUUUCGGAGAUAAGCUACAAAACGCUAUUGACAAGGGCGCGAAGUAUGUUAUGAUCUACAACAACGCACCAGGCGCGUUGUCUCUCCAGGAGGGUUCAUUCAAUUUAUCUGCUGUUGGUAUGGUUGAAGCAGCUGUUGGUGAGAACUGGGUCAGGGCUCUGGCUGCGGGUAAAACUAUCGCGUUGGACAUGUCCGAUCCUCAUGACGGUCCGAUCCAGGUUGUGGAGACGCCAAACACCUUGACUGGUGGUUCAGUGAGCAGUUUCUCGUCGUGGGGUCCGACCUAUGAGGCCGAUAUGAAACCUCAGUUUGGUGCCCCCGGAGCAAACAUUCUGUCGACUUUCCCUGUUGCUCUUGGUUCCUUUGCUACCAUAAGUGGCAGCGGUAGGGCUUGCUAUCAUGCUGCUGGAAUCUACGCCCUCCUCGCCGAAGCCCGUGGAACAUACGACCCGGUAGUUCUUCAAAACCUUCUUGCGGCUACAGCCAAACCGGCGCGGAUCAACGUCAACAAUGUUUUUGGAUCUUCCUUGGCCCCAGUCGCGCAGCAAGGAGCUGUCUAUGGUGGCUACAUUCGUCUUAAUGCUACCAAUGGCGAGACAAUGUCUUUGCCCUAUCAGGGCAUUGUAGGGGAUCUGAGUUCUCACGUGGUGUUGAACAGCACCGCACUCCAGACCUUGCGCGAAUCUCCGUCCGGCGACUUUGUGCCCGUUACUCCGCAGAACUCGGUAUUCAAGCUAUCGCAUAAGGAUCAGGGCUCGGACGACACACCUUCUCUCUUCUUUUACCUGAGUCUUGGAUCGGCAAGGAUUUAUUUCGAUGUCGUGUCAGUUGGAAAUCAAUCCCGCGUAAUCGGCGAGGCCAGCGAGGCCUGGACUUACUUGGCACGUGAUUACCCUUAUUUUUUCAGGUGGGAUGGCCGAUUCAAGAAUCAUACAGCCGUAGCAGAUGGAGACUAUAAGCUCCGUGUUCGGGCAGCGCGCAUUAUCGGUAAGGCAGAACGUAAUCUGUACGAUGUUGUUGAAUCGAAGGUCUUUUCAAUUCGAUGGAAGUAA